GAGGCAGCGAGUCACCGGCCGAACCCAAGCAACACCACCAGUACGGCCAACGAACAACAUGGCUCCGUCGAGCAGCAACCCGGCGGGGGAUCUCACCUCGGAGAUCUUACUGGCUCUGUCGAAGGAGGACCCAAUUUCGUCGACCGAGGCCUUCCCAGACGUGCCGUUCGAGUCGCUCAAGGCUGCUCUCGACCGACUCGCUUCCCGGUCUAUGGUCGCCUACGAACAGGCUGAGCGCGAGGAGGCUUUUCUGGAACCAGAGGCGGAGGUCAUUGUCAGUCAUGGCAGCCACGAAGCCCGCGUCUUUGAGGCCGUGCGCCAAGCCCUAGACGGCCUCUCGAUCCAGGACCUCGAGAGUCAGAUCGGCGACAAGAUGGUGGCGAAGCUCGGCCAGGGCAAGGCUUUCAAGGAGAAGUGGAUUAAGAAGGACGGCGCGAAGCUCGUUGCAUUGGUCGACUCGAUCAACGAUGUCACCCGAGACCAGCUCAAGGUGAUCCAGGAGAAGCGGACGCAUGACCCCAAAAUCAUCGCCGACUUGAAAAAGCGCAAGUUGUUGAAGAUGCAGAAGGUCAUCUCCUUCAGGAUAAGCAAGGGGCCCAAGUUUGCGCUCGAGAUGGUCAGGGAAGAGACGGACCUGACGGCCGAGAUGCUGGCAUCUGGCUCUUGGAAGACGGCAACCUUCAAACCGUACAACUUCAAGGCGUUGGGAGCGGACCAGCACGCUGGCGCUCUCCAUCCCUUGAACAAGGUGCGGCAGGAGAUCAGGCAAAUCUUCUUCGAGAUGGGCUUCACGGAAAUGCCCACAAAUCAGUUCGUCGAGUCGGGAUUCUGGAACUUCGAUACUCUUUACGUUCCUCAGCAACAUCCUGCACGCGACCUGCAAGACACCUUCUAUGUCUCAGACCCACCGACCGCCGGCAGACCUGGGCCUGUAUCUGCAGAGGAUAAGCUGGACUACGAUGCAUACUUCACGAACGUGCGCCAGGCCCACGAAGGUGGAAAGUACGGGUCGAUCGGAUACCGAUACCGCUGGUCCGAAGACGAAUCGCUGAGGCUCGUCCUGCGGACACACACGACGGCGAUCUCAGCGGCCAUGCUGCAUAAACUGGCAGGACAACGAGUGGACGGGCGCGUUCCGCCAGCUCGGUACUUCUCCAUCGACCGUGUCUUCAGAAAUGAGACGGUGGAUGCGACCCAUCUCUGCGAGUUCCACCAGGUGGAAGGCGUCAUUGCCGACUACGGACUGACCUUGGGCGGUCUGAUGGAAUUCAUGAGUAUAUUCUUCGGGAGGAUGGGUGUUACAGACCUGCGCUUCAAGCCGGCAUACAACCCCUACACCGAGCCGAGCAUGGAGAUCUUCUCGUACCACAAGGGGCUCAACAAAGUCAUCGAAAUUGGCAACUCGGGCAUCUUCAGGCCUGAGAUGUUGGAGGCGAUGGGCCUGCCCAAGGAUAUGGUUGUGUUCGGUUUCGGCUUGGGCUUGGAAAGGCCGACCAUGAUCAAGUACGGUAUUACGAACAUCCGCGAGUUACUUGGCCACCAGGUCGACCUCGGCUUCAUCCAGAAGAACCCAGCUGUGCGGCUAGACAAGAACUAGAGGGAUAGAGGAGACGGGAAAGAGGAGCGUUCAAGGACAUGUGUCGCUGUUCACCGAGUGCGCGAUAUCAUCGCGGUGAUCGCGAAUGUUUGGCCACAUGUUCAGCCACAGGGAAGUUAAAAGAGAUGUCUGGCGUCCG